AUGCCCGUGCCCAUGCCCAUGCCCGUGCCCAUGCCCAUGUCUAUGCCCAUGUCUGUGCCCAUGCCUAAGCCCAUUCCCGUGCCCAUGUCCAUGCCCAUGCCCAUGCCCAUGCCCAAGUCCGUGCCCAUGCCCGUGCCCGUGCCCAGCAGACACAUGGAGUUCCGGGGUGCAGCGAGCCGAUGGUUGAGGGGCUGCAGCGUACCCUUCCCCG